AUGUUACUUACGGUCGUGUUAGUGGUCUGCUUUGGCUUCAGUUUACUUUACUUUCACGUUAAGCAUCGCUAUCGUUUCUGGUCUAAGCGUGAAGUACCGUAUCUGGAGCCUACGUUCCCGGUUGGAAAUGUGGCGCAAAUUUUCAAUCCAUCAAUGCACUUCGCACACCUGAUUGAGAAGCUGUACAAGAGGUUGAAAGGUCGUGGCGAUUAUGCGGGAAUCUUUUUCUUUCGCGAUCCGGUACUGUUGGUGCUGUCGCCCGAGUUUGCCCGCACGAUUCUUGUGAAAGAUUUUAACUACUUCAUCGAUCGUGGCGUGUACACCAAUGAAGAGGUUGAUCCACUGUCGGCUAACCUCUUCUUUAUUGAAGGAAUUCGAUGGAGAAAGCUACGAGCGAAACUAGCUCCAACCUUUACAUCCGGUAGGCUAAAGGCUAUGUUCCACACGAUAGUGGAUGUGGGAAAUCGGUUGGAUCAGCAUCUAGCGGCAAAAUGUGUUCGACUGCAACGGAUAGACAUCAAGGAGCUCCUGGCACGCUUUAUGACUGACGUCAUAGGAUCGUGUGCCUUUGGUAUCGAGUGCAAUACGUUGGAAAAUCCCAACUCUCAGUUCCGGCAGAUGGGCAAGCGUAUGAUCAACCUUCCCAAGCUAAAAUCCCUCAAAGUGUUCAUCGCCAUGAUGUUCCCUAAGCAAGCAAGAGCGCUAGGCGUACGAUAUAACGAUAAAGAUGUGUCCGAAUUCUUCAUGAAGGUUGUCCGGGAUACGAUCCGCUGUCGAGAGGAGAAGGGCAUUCGAAGAGACGAUUUCAUGCAACUUCUUAUCGACAUGAUGCUACAAAAUGGCGAAGCUUCCAGUGAGGCUCUCACGUUCGAAGAGGUAGCCGCACAGGCUUUUGUGUUCUUUUUUGGAGGGUUUGAAACCUCCACGACUACACUUACCUGCGCAUUGCACCUGCUAGCAAAACAUCCCAAAGCUCAACGGAAAGCAAAGAAGUGUGUUCGCAGCGUGCUGGCUAAGUAUGGUAAUGAGCUGACGUAUGAAGCUGUUAUGGAGAUGGACUACAUCCAGUGUGUUAUCAACGAAACACUUCGCCUUUAUCCACCGGUUGCGACCAUCCAUCGCAUGACCUCACAACCCUAUCAACUCCCGAACGGGAAAGUGCUCCCGGUUGGUGUGGGAGUAAUCAUCUCAAACCUUGCCUUCCAUCGUGAUCCUUCCUUUUUCCCCGAUCCGUUCGCAUUCAAACCGGAACGGUUUGAGGACAAAGCGUUUGGGAAAAAUUGUCCAAGCUUUCUUCCCUUUGGCGAUGGACCACGGAUGUGUAUUGCGAUGCGUUUCGGACUGUUGCAAACGCGCCUAGGGCUGGCGAUAUUGCUGCGGAGCUACAACUUUACGAUGGAUGAAAGUGAUUUUGAUCGGCCAUUGUUGAUUGAUCCGAUCAACUUGAUGCACGGACCAGCGGGAGCAGUUUGGCUGAAUGUGGAACGUUCUGCAGAUGGAAGUAUGAAUAAAUGA